CGCAUGAGCGGGGACGCGCUGGGGAGAGGAGUGGGACUGGGAGCAGCUGUGGCAAAUGUUUCACCAGUCCAGCAAUCUCGGGACGAAAAGACAAUUUACUGCAAAGGAAAACUCUUUAACGUACUCCUUGAGCGGAAUCGAUUGAGGAGAAACGUGUCGGACGUCCGCGGUCAUCUGCGAAGCGUCCGAAGUAGCAGAUCGGCGCGUUUUCUGAACUCAAUGCAAACAAAAUAACAACCCCGAAAGACUGACAAUAAAAGACCACAACUGACACCAGUCCGAACCAGGGCCUCGACACACCAUCCUCUCAUCUAAUCGGACAAUUCUCCUGUAUCACUUCUCAAAAGCCCGUCUUCUAUUAGUGAAACUCAGGAAACAAUGAAGACCUAAACUCAUGUGCUAGCCGCGGAGUGAGUGUGUGUGUGUGUAUGUGUGUGAGAGAGAGAGUGUGCGUGCUCUUCUCCAGGAAACUUUCUCCCGUUGCUUUAAAAGACUGGAAGCAGAAGAAGCUUUGACCGACUUGGAGAAGAAGCUCAGGCUGUCUUCAAGAUUCCUGCAUGGAGGUGAGGGGCGAGGACAGGGGAUCGGACGGCAGCAGAGGCCCCGACUCGACCCACUUUCCUCUUUACAGCAAACCUGUGCGAGCGCCGGCUCCUGACAUGAUGAUCUACCCGAGCGCUGGAGGAGAAGAUCUCACGGGGAGAGGAGCUGCUGGAUGCGAGUCUCCCUCCUCAGAUGGGCCGGGCAGCAGCCGGAUGUCCCCCACCGACGGGCCCACUGUCUUCCCACCUUUACCGCCGCCCCCUCUGCCGUCUGGAAUCGGGGCGCAGGGAAGUGUGGAUGAAAGUGAUCAACAGGAUGGGCCAGAAUAUGAGGAAGAGGAGGUUGUAUUCCCACUCUCUGCGCCGCCCAGCAACCAAUGGUACCAUGGAAUGUUGGACAGAACCAUUGCAGAAGAGCGAUUGCGUCAGGCUCGGACACCGGGCAGCUACCUCAUCAGGGAAAGCGACCGCCGGCCUGGCUCCUUCGUACUGUCCUUUCUCAGCGUGACCAAUGUGGUCAAUCACUUCAGGAUCAUUGCGAUGUGUGGAGAUUACUACAUCGGUGGACGACGCUUCUCGUCCCUGUCAGACCUCAUUGGUUACUACAGCUAUGUGUCUUGCCUACUCAAAGGGGAAAAACUGUCGUCUCCAGUGGCUCCCCCAGAGCCAGUGGAGGACAGGCGAAGAGUGAGGGCCAUACUUCCAUACACCAAAGUGCCAGAUACCGAUGAGAUCAGUUUUCUCAAAGGAGACAUGUUUAUCGUUCACAAUGGACUGGAGGAUGGGUGGAUGUGGGUGACCAAUGUUCGGACAGAAGAACAGGGCCUUAUCGUGGAUGAUCUUGUGGAGGAGGUGGGACGAGAAGAGGAUCCGCAUGAGGGAAAAAUCUGGUACCACAGGAAGAUCAGCAAACAAGAGGCGUACAACCUGUUAAUGACAGUUGGCCAGGUCUGCAGCUUUCUGGUCAGGCCGUCAGACAACACACCAGGCGACUACUCCCUCUUCUUUCGUACCAAUGAAAACAUCCAAAGGUUCAAGAUCAGCCCCACUCCCAAUAACCAGUACAUGAUGGGAGGGCGGUACUAUAACAGUGUUGACGAUAUUAUCGAACGUUACCGAAAAGAGCAGAUCGUGGAGGGCUACACUCUGAAAGAUCCCGUCUCAGUCCAGCAAAAAGAACAAGUCCUCUCAGACGUAGUCGACGGCAGAGAAAUCUAUAACACUAUUCGACGGAAAACAAAAGAUGCUUUCUACAAAAACAUUGUCAAGAAAGGAUAUCUUCUCUUCAACAAAGGUAAGGGCAAGCGCUGGAAGCACUUAUACUUCAUCCUGGAGGGCAACGACGCUCAGCUCAUUUAUUUUGAGAGUGAGAAGCGAGCCACCAAACCCAAAGGACUAAUCGAUCUGAGUGUGUGCUCUGUGUAUGGGGUCCAUGACAGUCUGUUUGGCAGGCCAAACUGUUUCCAGAUUGUGAUUCAGCACUUUAGCGAGGAGCAGUACAUUUUCUACUUUGCUGGAGAGACACCUGAGCAGGCACAGGACUGGCUGAAAUGCUUACAGACGUUCUGCAGUAAUCUUAGGAAACCCUUACAGACCACAUUCAACAAGCGUUUGCGUCAGGUUAGCAGUUUAGUCCUGUAUGUGGAGGAAGCCCACAAACUUCCCAUCAAACACUUCACCAACCCCUACUGCAACAUCUCUCUGAACAGUGUGCAGGUGGCGAAGACUCACCCUAGAGAGGGACAGAACCCUGUGUUCACUGAAGAGUUCAUUUUUGAUGACCUGUCAAGCGACAUCAACAGAUUCGAAAUAAGCUUAAGCAACAAGACCAAGAAGAGCAAAGAAAGUGACAUCUUGUUCAUGCGUUGCCAGCUGAGCAAGCUGCAGAGGGGCCAGAUGAUCGAUGAGUGGUUUCCUCUGAGCUCCUAUGUCCCGCUGAAGGGAAUCGAACCAGGCUCACUCCGCGUAAGAGUGCGAUUCUCCAUGGAGAAGAUCAUGCCUGAGGAAGAGUACAGUGAAUUCAAAGAACUCAUCCUGCAGAAAGACUAUCAUGUGAUCUAUGCGUUGGCUCACGUUUGUGGGCAGGACCGCACCCUGCUGGCCAGCAUCCUGCUCCGGAUUUUACGACACGAGCGAGCUGAAGCUCCCUUACUGAGGACGUUGAAUGACAGAGAAAUUAAUAUGGAGGAUGAAGCCACGACGCUGUUCCGUGCCACUACUCUGGCCAGUACUUUGAUGGAACAGUACAUGAAGGCCACCGCAACACCUUUCGUCCACCACGCACUCAAAGACUCAAUACUGAAGAUCAUGGAGAGCAAGCAGUCCUGUGAGCUGAACCCAUCUAAACUGGAGAAGAAUGAGGAUGUUAAUCUGAAUCUAGCUCAUUUACUCAACAUCCUGUCGGAGCUGGUGGAGAAGAUAUUUAUGGCUGCUGAGAUCUUGCCCCCGACCCUGAGGUACAUUUAUGGCUGUCUUCAGAAGUCUGUGCAGCAGAAAUGGCCUACCAACACUACAAUGAGGACCCGAGUCGUGAGUGGUUUCGUCUUCCUGAGGCUCAUCUGCCCUGCCAUUCUCAACCCCAGAAUGUUCAACAUCAUCGCUGACCCUCCAUCCUCCACAGCAGGUCGAACGCUCACCCUGGUAGCAAAGUCUGUGCAGAACUUGGCCAACCUGGUGGAAUUUGGCGCCAAGGAGCCCUACAUGGAAGGGGUGAAUCCUUUCAUCAAGAACAACAAACAAAGGAUGAUCAUGUUUCUGGAUGAGCUAGGGAAUGUUCCUGAUCUCCCGGAAUCUACCGAGCACUUUAGGACUGAUUUGUCCCGUGACCUUGCUGCCCUGCAUGAGAUCUGUGCUACUCAUUCUGACGAACUCCGCACCCUCAGCAACGAGAGAGGAGCACAGCAGGUAUGUCGCUCUCUCUUAUCAUACACGAUAUUUAGCAGUCAUAAUGUAGACAUGUACCACUGA